UUCACAUUUGUCACCAUCGGGGAGUUGGGCAUCAGUUUGCUCUGAAGAAAAUGCCUGUCUACGCCUGGUCCGACAUCGUGGUAGCUGCCGCUUUCUGUGCAGUGGUUGCCCUGACUACAUUGAUAUGUAUCCGUUGCCAGGCGACUGCCAGGAGGAAGGCACAUACGGAAGCCAACAGGUCUGAUGUAGAAAACCUAAGUAUUCGCUCUUCCGCACAAUUAGGCGGCAAACAGCAGCACCAAACGGAAGAAGCUGGAUACAUCAACGAACUUUCGGCCUCAGUAGAUCAGGCAGAUCUGCACGGAGAUAAAGACACUUCAGACGAGCAAGCUGAUGAGAAAGACGACGCAUUCAAACCUUUGAAAACUCAGACGGAGGCGGUUCUAAGUGUUCCCCAGUGGAGAGAGUCAGAGAUAUCUCUUGGAGAAGACCCAUUACCACCGGUAUGCGGAGCAAUUGACCAAUUCCGACAGUCCUAUGGUUACAUCUGCACGAAUCCUUUAGUUAGGCCUAUCCCAGCAGCUGUUGGAGCAGGGUCACGUCAAUGUCCAACAGGAAACGACAGCUUGAAGUCUGAUGUCUUCUUUGAUGCUGCAUCUUCUCAGUCAGGUGAGUUGGGAACGUUAGCAAAGUGGAUACGCGACAUACAGAAGAUGAGUGAUGUAACUCCAGUAGAUUAUCCAGGAGAACGAGGCAGUAGAGAAAUAGCGAAAUCGUAUGAUGCCAGCAGCGAAGAUAGCUAUACCACUGCUGUCGAGUCGUCUGAAGAGAUUGGUGAGGAUUCGGGCAUGAAGGUUGUUAAUGAGAAGCCACCAAGAAAACGACGAGUGUCUAGGAAGUCAAGGUCGUUAUAUCUUGCCAAUUCGCUGAAUAAGAACCAGCGAGAUAAGACAAGGAGAAAUGCCACAUGGAGCCCUGGCAAGCACAAUCGUGAAGGACAUCCAUCUAGUUCUUCCUCCGUGGGUUACAAGUCUGGUAGUUCACAAGAUCUCGGAGCCGAAGCAUUAUGUGAGGCUGAAACUGAGCCAUUAACAGAUGAUGACCCCAUUUACACAAAUGUCUCUGGAAUGUCUUAUCAAGCACGUAGACAUGAACAUUUCGCUAAAGAUAGAAAACAGCCAGGGACAGAGAGUCUUCAAAAAGGGAAAGAUACAUCACGCCCCUUUGUUUGCAGCUUAGUACUAAGGGAUGGCAUGUUCCUUAGAUCAGAAUCAAGUUCAAGUAUUGGUAUGUCGCUACCUCCCAGAGCAGGUUCUUAUCAGGAUAUUCUGAUGAGAGAACCAGAUGCUGAAAUCGAUGGCGUCAAGAGAAGGCCUCCUAAAAAACCGGCAAGACAUCUGUCACACAGUGUAUCUCAUUUUGGAACACCCGCCCUCAGCCCUUGUAGUGUCCCUAUACACCCCAGAUCAUGUCAUGUCCCUCCCCCCAAGCCGUGUUCAAAUGAGGUCCAGUAUGUCAACUUUAGGGGUAGUCUUAGAAGGUAGGAACGUCCUAAAGGGUCUGUUAAUGGAUGUUGUAAGGGGUGAGGUGAAAUUGGGUUUGACGUCGCUUCCAAGAUUAUUGCAUUUAUAUAGCGACGUGCAUGCACGUGUGUGUGUGUGGCUGCUUGUACUAGUCUGGAGUGAAG